AUGUUGACUGUCCAUAAAAUGCAUUUUAGCAUCUUCCUCCUGUUGUGGGGAUGGGUUUUAUCCACUGAAUGCAGAGCCCACCGACAAGGAAAAGAAAUACAUGAGGUAUACAAAAAAGGCAGCCGGCCGCAGCGGCAGAGACGGGAGGCCCACUGUGAGGUGCACAAGCAAGGCAGCCCAAUCCUAAAACGAAGCCCUGACAUCACCAAAUCUCCCCUGACGAAGUCAGAGCAGCUGCUGCGAAUAGACGACCAUGACUUCAGCAUGAGACCAGGUUUUGGAGGCCCUGCAAUUCCUGUUGGGGUGGAUGUUCAAGUUGAAAGUCUGGACAGCAUUUCUGAGGUGGACAUGGACUUCACCAUGACGCUUUAUCUGAGGCACUACUGGAAAGACGAGAGGCUGUCCUUCCCCAGCACCAACAACCAAAGUAUGACCUUCGAUGGCAGGCUGGUGAAGAAGAUCUGGGUCCCUGACAUGUUCUUCGUCCACUCCAAGCGUUCCUUCAUCCAUGACACCACCACAGACAACGUUAUGCUGCGGGUCCAGCCAGAUGGGAAGGUACUUUAUAGCCUCAGAGUUACAGUAACGGCAAUGUGCAACAUGGAUUUUAGUCGCUUUCCGCUGGACACACAGACGUGUUCCCUGGAGAUUGAAAGCUAUGCCUACACUGAAGACGACCUCAUGCUCUACUGGAAGAAUGGGAAUGAUUCCCUAAAAACAGAUGAGAGAAUAUCGCUGUCCCAGUUCCUCAUCCAGGAGUUUCACACCACCACAAAGCUCGCCUUUUACAGCAGCACAGGCUGGUACAAUCGCCUCUACAUAAACUUCACUUUACGCCGACACAUCUUCUUCUUCUUGCUCCAAACCUACUUCCCUGCCACCCUCAUGGUCAUGUUGUCCUGGGUGUCCUUCUGGAUCGAUCGCCGAGCAGUUCCUGCCAGAGUCCCUUUAGGGAUAACCACUGUGCUGACCAUGUCCACGAUCAUCACUGGGGUGAACGCCUCCAUGCCCCGUGUUUCCUACAUCAAAGCAGUAGACAUUUACCUGUGGGUCAGUUUUGUGUUCGUCUUCCUCUCGGUGCUGGAAUACGCGGCAGUGAAUUACCUGACUACAGCGCAAGAGCGGAAGGAGAGGAAACUGCGGGACAAGCUUCCCUGUGCGUGCAGCCUACCUCAGCCUCGGCCCAUGAUGAUGGACGGCAGUUACAACGAUGGGGAUGUGAACGAACUGGGGCACUACAUGUCUGAGAACGGAGAUAAACAAGACCGAAUGAUGGUGCAGCUGGCGCUGGGGUCUGAGAGGGGCUCAGGCAGGAGGAAAAACCUGAGAUACGUCAGCAUGCGGAUCGACACUCAUGCCAUCGACAAGUACUCCAGGAUAAUAUUCCCUGGUGCAUACAUUCUAUUUAAUUUGAUAUACUGGUCCAUUUUUUCAUAA